AUGGACUCGUUAACUUUGAUCGAUGCCCAGGUUCAGCUGGUGGAAGAACGCCUGGCCCUGGUACAUAUCCCGCUGGAGCUUUACCCAUACUUCUUCAAGUCCGUCUUGGGAAUUGUUUUCGAUGAAAUCGCACCACUGGGAAACGUAUCCCAGAACGAGGAGACCGUGCUGUCCGACCUAGACGACGGCUCGGAGGGGUCCGAAUAUCGUGCCCCAGCCUUUCUCAAUGUGUCCAUCACGCCCGUUGAAGUCACCCUCGGGCAGCUCGAUGACCAGCUUCGAUCUCGCCUGGCUGUGAGCGACUACGACUACAUUGCUAUGCAGGUCAUUGGCCAAGGUCUAGAGGCCGGCAAGCGUGUCCUCGAGCUAACCAGUCCGCUCGCACUGGCGGGGAUCUCAAUCUUCUUCAUUUCAACCUAUUUCUCGGACUACAUCCUCGUUCCACUGCACAGCAAGGCGGCUGUUGUCUCUGCCCUCGAAUCCAGAGGCUUCCAGUUCGAGAACAGCACCGCCGCCUUCUCCAUGAACCCAUUCAGCAGCCCAACCUCGCCACGCAUUGAGAAAUCCUUUAAUGAACUCAUGCCGCCCGUGACUCCUCCUCCCUCCACCCUUGCCGAGCUGCAAACCCGCACCUUCGCCAACCUGCGCAAGAACCAGAUUGUGCCCUUCGUCGACGACACGCUCCGCCUCGUCCAAUGCGCCGCCCACCAUCAGUACAACGACGACGGCAGCUCCAUGUCCAUCCUCCGCAAUGCGCUGACAACGGUCCUUCUUGUGGAUGCUCCCCGCUUCCUCUCGCUCACCCUCGCAGCACUAGACCCAGCCGCCUCUCUCCUCCUCGAAGAGCGUCUGCUGCCCCGCUUUGCGCGUGCCUCCGGCUCGCACCAGGAGUAUGAGGACGGCUCAGGCCUCCUCCUCGGGUUCGAAGGAGGACUACCUACAGGCCGACUCGCCGAAACAAAGGAGACCUCGGCACGCCCGAGCAGCGGCGACACGAGCCUCGUGGGCAGCAACGAAAGCAGUGUGGUCGGUUCCGUGCCCGCUUUGUUCGAUACUUUCGGCACCCGGCUUGCGCUGGGCGAAAAGAAACACAAUCUCGACCCGCUGCCGCCGACCUCAAUGCACCAUCUCAAACCGGACGUGGAUCCGGCCGCGGACGCUGUAGAGAUCAGUUUUCUGAGCACGGCGCGCUGUGGCACGAUCAUCGUCGGCGAACACGAGCUGAGAAGAGCUAUUGAUGCUCUGGAUGCAGAAACGAAGCAGGAAUCGUCCGAAGAGGCGGAUGGUGGCGUUUCUCUUGAUGGUUGA